AUGUAUGCAAAGUUCCAAACUAGGUAUGUGAUAGAGGUAAUUUUUCUGUCAUAAUUAAAUGGUAUACAAAAGGGUAAGGGGCUGGACCUCGGGGUGGAGCCUUCCCGUAUAAACCUUUCUAGAGUACCCCCCCCGCCCCUUCCCAGUGACAAUAAACUUUCUACCAGGUGAUCAGUUACUUCUUAGUGACCUGCAGUUCAAUGAGCGCCGACAAUAACAGCUAAAAUUAAAAUAUAUAUUUUUGUCCCCAGUUUUCAGUCAACCUAUUCAUUUUACUCUCCUCUCAACCGCUGCUUUUGAUUUUUUCUUUCCACAGGUGAAAGCACGGGUUUUUUUCAGCGUUAAUAAAAGUAUCAAGAAAUUAAAGUUAAGGUGAGCACUCUAUUAAAGAAUUGUUGUCAAUGUACAACCUCCAUUCUUCAGUCCUCUUAGUCCACCCUCUAAUUAACUUCCUUUUUUCAACUAACCAAACUUUAUUCGAUUUCUUUUUGAAGGGAGGAGAAAAGAGAAUUAAAAAGAAAACAUUGAUCUCCAGGAUGCUCUCUUCAGCCGAGUGCAGCACAUGGUAUGCUGUAAUCCUUACUAUAGCUGUUGCUGUGGUUGCAGUGAACCUCCUAUCCAUUAUCCUUUAUAUAAAGAACAGUACUCUUCGGACUCGUGCCAUGUACUUGGUUAUAAACUUGUCCGUGGCUGAUAUGUUUGUUGGAGGAAAUGCCACUUUCUAUGUAGUAGUUUAUUUCCUCCUCCACGGUUGCGAAGUUAAAUAUGUAUUUCCGAUCUUGCAGGAAUUGCCACCUAUUAUGUUUGUACCUUCCUUGACCGGGAUUUGGUUCUCUAUCACCUCUGUAGCAGGCAUUGUAGCGAUUUCUUUAGAUCGGAUGCAUGCGACGUUUCGUCCAUUCAGGCAUCGCAACAUCAAAAAAUGGGCCUACGGGGUAACAAUUGCGGGCGUCUGGACUUUAACUGCCAUGAUAGUAAUUCCCUUUCCGUUAAUACGUCUCUAUGGGAACUUGCAACAACAGUGGCAAUUGGUAUUUCCUUUCUACUUAUGGCGGUCAUAUUGUUGCCUUUGCCUUGUUGUUAUCUGUGUUUCCUACACCUCCAUUGCUUUAAAAUUUUGGUGUGGAAGUCGUCCCCCGUCACAUGGUGCGGCCAAUAGACAAAGAAAACUGACUGUCACAUUAUUCAUAAUGACCAUUGUAUCUUUGCUGUUGUGUUUACCAUUUGUUGUAUAUACUUUUGUUCUCUCUUCUGAUCUAGUUAGAGUUUCUUUCCUGACAGAUAAACGCUUGAGAUUAUAUUUUUCUCUUCUAUACCACACAAACUCGCUUGUUAAUCCCAUUAUUUACACAAUCAGAAUACCAGCGUUCAGAAAGGCUCUCCUGAUAUUAUUUAAACGCCGACAAAGAGAAAAUGCUGCUAUUCCUCUUCAAGCCCGUUAA